AUUGUGGGUUCUGCUAAGAUGAGCAAGAAAGCUAUGAAGAAAGGAACUUGAGAAAAGAUUUGACACAGGUCAGAGGUCUCCUAUCCCCCUCAAACCCCCACAGGAGUCACCACCCCAGGGCCAGCAUAUGGGUGAGGGGGCAGCCCCUGGGGCCUGAGCUGCCCCACCCAGGAUGCUCCGUGCCCCCCACUUCAUGCCCUUGCUGCUACUGCUAUUGCUGCUCUCACUUCCCCACACCCAGGCGGCCUUUCCCCAGGACCCCCUCCCUCUGCUGACCUCUGACCUGCAAGGUAUUUCCCCAUCAUCCUGGUUCCGGGGCCUGGAGGAUGAUGCUGUGGUUGCAGAACUUGGGCUGGACUUUCAGAGAUUCCUGACCUUGAACCGGACCUUGCUAGUGGCUGCCCGGGAUCACGUUUUCUCCUUCGAUCUUCAAGCCCAAGAAGAAGGGGAGGGGCUCGUGCCCAACAAGUAUCUAACAUGGAGGAGCCAAGACAUGGAGAACUGUGCCGUGCGGGGGAAGCUGACGGACGAGUGCUACAACUAUAUUCGUGUUCUCGUUCCCUGGGACUCCCAGACGCUCCUUGCCUGUGGAACGAACUCAUUCAGCCCCGUGUGCCGCAGCUAUGGGAUAACUUCGCUGCAGCAGGAGGGUGAAGAGCUGAGUGGGCAGGCUCGAUGCCCCUUUGAUGCCACCCAGUCCAAUGUGGCCGUCUUUGCAGAGGGCAGCCUGUAUUCAGCCACAGCUGCGGAUUUCCAGGCCAGUGACGCUGUGGUUUACAGAAGCCUCGGGCCUCAGCCCCCACUCCGCUCUGCCAAGUACGACUCCAAGUGGCUCCGAGAGCCACACUUUGUCCACGCUUUGGAGCAUGGAGACCAUGUCUACUUCUUCUUCCGAGAAGUCUCUGUGGAGGAUGCCCGGCUGGGGAGGGUGCAGUUCUCCCGUGUGGCCCGUGUAUGUAAGCGUGACAUGGGUGGCUCACCUCGGGCCUUGGACCGCCACUGGACAUCCUUCCUGAAGCUGCGGCUCAACUGCUCUGUCCCUGGGGACUCUACCUUCUAUUUUGACGUCUUACAGGCCUUGACAGGGCCUGUGAACUUGUAUGGUCGCUCUGCUCUCUUUGGGGUCUUCACCACCCAGACCAACAGCAUCCCUGGCUCUGCAGUCUGCGCCUUCUACCUGGAUGAUAUUGAGCAUGGGUUUGAGGGAAAGUUCAAGGAGCAGAGGAGUCUGGAUGGGGCCUGGAGCCCUGUGUCUGAGGACAGGGUUCCCUCCCCCAGGCCAGGAUCCUGUGCGGGAGUAGGUGUAGCUGCAUUGUUCCCCUCUUCUCGAGACCUCCCUGAUGAUGUCCUGACCUUCAUCAAGGCUCACCCACUCCUGGACCCUGCCGUGCCACCUGCUACCCAUCAGCCUCUGCUCACCCUCACCAGCAGGGCCCUACUGACCCAGGUAGCUGUGGAUGGCAUGGCUGGUCCCUACAGUAAUACCACAGUCCUGUUCCUUGGCUCCAACGAUGGGACAGUGCUGAAGGUGCUGCCCCCAGGGGGGCAAUCUGGGGGCCCUGAGCCCAUUCUGUUGGAAGAGAUCGAUGCCUACAGCCCCUCCCGGUGCAGUAGGAAGCGGGCAGCCCAAUCAGCACGGCGGGUCAUAGGGCUGGAGCUGGACACUGAAGGUCACAGGCUCUUUGUGGCUUUUUCUGGCUGCAUCAUCUACCUCCCUCUCAGUCGAUGUGCCCGGCAUGGGGCCUGUCGGAGGAGCUGUCUGGCUUCUCAGGACCCAUACUGUGGAUGGGACAGCUCCAGAGGCUGUGUGGAUAUCAGGGGACCUGGUGGGAUUGAUGUGGAUCCAGCUGGGGACCAGGAACCCAUGGAGCAUGAUGACUGCCGAGAUGGAGCUACUGGGAGUCAGUCUGGCACAGGGGAUUCUGCUUAUGUGCUUCUGAGUCCUGGCCCUUCCCCUGAGACCCCCAGCCCCCCCAGUGAUGCCCACCCCCGGCCCCAGUCUUCCACUCUUGGAGCUCACACUCAGGGCGUGCGCCGGGACCUCCCGCCAGCCUCAGCCUCCCGCUCCGUCCCCAUCCCACUCCUCCUGGCCUGUGUGGCCGCAGCCUUCGCCCUGGGCGCCUCGGUCUCUGGCCUCCUGGUCUCCUGCGCUUGUCGCCGCGCCCACCGACGUCGGAGCAAGGAUAUCGAGACUGCGGGGCUCCCGCGCCCUCUCUCCCUUCGCAGCUUGGCUCGGCUGCACGCGGCGGGCCCAGAGCCACCGCCGCCGUCCAAGGACGGAGAGGGGGCGCAGACGCCCCAGCUCUACACCACCUUCCUGCCCCCUCCCGAGGGCGUCCCCCCGCCGGAGCUGGCCUGCCUGCCUACCCCGGAGUCCACGCCGGAGCUGCCGGUCAAGCACCUCCGCCACGCCGGGGGUCCCUGGGAGUGGAACCAGAACGGCAACAACGCCAAGGAGGGUAGGGGCCGCGCCCGGGGCGGGAACGCGGCGGGCGGCCCCGCGCCGCGCGUGCUGGUGAGGCCGCCGCCGCCGGGGUGUCCCGGCCAGGCCGUGGAAGUCACCACCCUGGAGGAACUGCUGCGCUACCUGCACGGCCCGCAGCCGCCCAGGAAGGAGGCCGAGCCCUCGGCAGCCGCCCCUUUCACCUCGCGGGCACUGCCGCCCGCCCCCGCCCUCUUUGCGGGCCCCAGCCUGCUUCCCCGGGACUGUGCCCCGCCUCGGAGGCUGGACGUGCCCCCGGAGGGCAAGGGCCCGGCCCCCGCCGCGCGGCCUGCUCUCUCCGCCCCAGCGCCCCGGCUCGGGGUGGGCGGCAGCCGGAGGUUGCCCUUCUCCACGCACCGCGCACCCCCCGCGCUGCUCACCCGAGUCCCCUCGGGAGGCCCCUCCAGGUACUCCGGGGGUGCCGGGAGACACCUCCUGUACCUGGGCCGGCCUGAGGGGCACCGGGGCCGCGCCUUGAAGAGGGUGGACGUCGAGAAGCCCCAGGUGGCCCUGAAGCCUCCCCUCGUGGGGCCCGCCCCGCAGCCUGCCGUCCCUAACGGCAGCCAUUUUAACUUUUAAAGGGAGCCGCUCCAAGGCCGCAAAUGGGACCCUUGCGGCCCAUGCCCUCAAAGGCCGUGAGCGUGGACGCGUCUCCAAGGACAGGUCACCGCCCUCUCUCCUCGUUCCGCACCUCCAGCCUUCCUGGACUCUGAGAGUCUCCCGGGGUCCCUGCCCGCCCCGGGGUUAUUUAUUGACUGCCUUUCCCCCUGUCCUCGAGAGAGGAGUGGGAGGUGAGAAGCUCGCCCCCUCAGUGAGCCAGCUUUUCGGGGGGAACUGGCACACUCCCGCUCCCCCCCUCCCUCAGCCAAGCUGCCUUAACUCGCCCUUCCGGGCCUCCACACACUGGGCCCCGGGCGGGCCGCACGGCGGACGGACGGGGCUGGCCCACGCGCGUUAUGUACAGAGUCCUCGGGCCUCCUGGGACGUGCCUCCUCCUACUGUGUAGGAGCCUCCCCUUCCCAAUACAGCUGUGUCCCCGAGCCGCUGUCUGACUUUACUCGCGGAGGGGGCGGGGCGGGAAUCGGUCGGCUGCUCCGAGCGCCUUUGCUCCAGAAUCUCUGCCUUCAACUGGCCUUGAGCUCUCUCCUGAGUAAUUGGGAUGGCUGCGGUCCCACCGGGGUUAAUCAGGAAAGCUUUCCUGAAGGAGGCAAGCUAAGAAAUGGUGCGUGGAGAUGAACCAGGGCCCAGGAGACCCCGGGUAGAAUUUAGGUGGGGUUAGGGAGGGCACUCCGAUCACG